CCCAAAACAACCAUGCCGACUUGUGCGUUAAUAGCCAGUUUCGUGGCUGUGAGAAAACAUUCCACAGGUGGUACGUCAGUGACGACAGCAAAAAAAGGUACAAUGACGGGGCGGUGGGUGCUUUCACUGGCCACGCUGCUUCUGCAGCUGUUCUGGACGACGUGGGCCGCCCUGCACUUCACGGAGCCACUUUACAAUGCCAGCAUCUACGAAAACUCCGCGGCCAAGACCUACCUCGAGAGCCACAUCAAGAUGGGGAUCUAUGUGACCGACCCCACCUGGGAGAUACGGUACAAAAUCAUUUCUGGAGACAAUGAGAACUUGUUCAAGGCCGAGGACUACCUGUUGGGAGAUUUUAGCUUUCUGCGCAUCAGAACCAAAGGGGGCAGCACGGCCAUUCUCAACCGGGAGGUGCGAGACCACUACGUGUUGACAGUGAAAGCAUCCGAAAGGGGCACCAACAUGGAGUGCCGCACUCAGGUCACCGUGCAGGUGCUCGAUACAAAUGAUUUGAGGCCCCUCUUCUCACCAACCUCGUACAGCAUCUCACUACCCGAAAACACAGCCAUACGCAGCAGCGUGGCCAAAGUGAUGGCGACGGACGCUGAUAUCGGUACGAAUGGAGAGUACUACUACAGUUUUCGCGAGUGGACGGACAUGUUCGCCGUGCACCCUACCAGCGGUGUGGUGACACUCACCGGCCGGCUUGACUACUCUGAGACAAAGCUUUACGAGCUGGAGAUCCUUGCGGUGGACCGCGGCAUGAAGCUUUACGGGAGUAGCGGCUUCAGCAGCACGGCCAAGCUGACGGUGCGGGUGGAGCAGGCCAACGAGAACGCACCCGUGGUCACCGCUGUCACCCUGGCGCCGUCCGACGCCGACCCUGACCCCACCUAUGCCAUUGUAACGGUGGAGGACAGUGACCAAGGACCCAACGGGGAGAUCGCGUCGCUUAGCAUCGUUGCCGGCGACCCGCUACAUCAGUUCAAGGCAAUUAGAACCAGCCCGGGGAGCAAGGAGUAUAAAAUAAAAGCGAUGACAGAUGUGGACUGGGAGAGUCAGCCUUUUGGAUACAAUCUCACUUUGCAAGCUAAGGACAAGGGCAGCCCACCCCAGUUUUCAUCUGCUAAAUUAAUCCACGUCACCUCUCCUCAGUUUAAAACGGGGCCCCCUGUGUUUGAAAAGCCCGUUUACAAAGUCAAUCUGAGCGAAUUCGCCCCCCUUCACACUCCUGUCGCAAUGGUAACUGCUUUACCAAAGCAGCACCAGCUCAAAUACGCUUUUGGUCACAAAUCAGACCGAUUUACCAUCAACCCUGACACUGGCUUGAUCACCACAACGUCACCGAUCAAUGCUGACGCGGCUGCUCGCUUUGAGCUGGAUGUGACGGCCGGCAGUGGGAAAGUGACAACAAAAGUCAUCGUCGACGUGAUCGACGUGAAUAACAACGUGCCCGAGUUCCAGCAGACGUCGUACAGGGCCAGCGUGGACGAGAAUGCACCAGUCGGGACCAGUGUGGUGACGGUGAAGGCCGUCGACCUGGACCGAGGAGAGAAUGGCUAUGUGACGUACAGCAUCACCAAUAUUAACCCACAGCCGUUUGUCAUCGACUAUUUCUCCGGUGUCAUCACCACUUCGGAGCUGCUAGAUUAUGAGCUCAUGCCCCGGAUUUACAGUCUUAAAGUCAGGGCCUCCGACUGGGGAUCCCCUUUUCGGAGGGAGGUGGAAGCAGUUGCCACUGUGACAUUGAAUAACCUUAAUGACAAUAAGCCACUGUUUGAAAACGUGGACUGUGACGUCACCGUGCCGAGAGACCACGGUGUGGGUGAGCAGAUAACGACGGUGUCGGCCAUAGAUGCCGAUGAACUGCAGCUCGUGCGCUAUUACAUUAAAUCGGGGGAUGACCUGGAUCUGUUUGAGUUAAACGCAAAUUCCGGCGUGCUUUCCCUUAGGAACACAUUGAGCGAGGGUGAGGCGGCAAAGACGUCCUUCCACAGUUUGCGCAUAGUGGCAAGCGACGGCGAACGCGAGACGCAACCCAUGUACAUGAACGUAACAGUCAUCACCGCGCGAAUGCCUGUGCAGGUGAAGUGUGUGGAAACCGGCGUGGCCACCAUGCUGGCCGAAAAGCUGUUGCAGGGUAGUAAGCUCCACACGCAGGCAGACCCCGAUGACCACUUCAUGGACAUUCACUCCAUCAACCGGUACCCGCCACGAUUCGCGGACUCCUUCCCGAGCACCCUGGAAGUCAGGGAGGACCUUCCUGUCGGGGGUCGUGUCGCUCAUUUAGGCGCCACCGACGCGGAUAGCGGCUUCAAUGGGAAGCUUGUGUAUGUCAUCUCGGGAGGGGACACGGAGAGUCGCUUCUUAGCUGAAAUGGAGACGGGUUGGCUUUUGGUUUACUCGCCUCUUGACAGGGAAACAAAAGACCAUUACACACUCAAUGUCACAGUCUAUGACCUCGGCAUUCCGCAGAAGUCCUCCUCGCGCCUGCUUGAUGUCAAGAUCUUGGAUGCUAAUGACAAUAGCCCACAGUUUUUGCAGGAUUCUUACUCUGUCGAAAUAAGUGAGAGCAUGCCACUGGGCACUGAGAUUAUCCAGGUGGACGCGACUGAUAAGGACCAAGGCAAGAAUGGCAUGGUGAGAUACGCGAUUUUGGGCGGAACGGAUCACUUCGCCAUCAAUGCAGAGUCUGGAGUCGUGACUGUGACCAAGCCAAUGGAUCGCGAGCUGCAUCCUGUGUACACCUUGAAGAUUGCGGCCCGUGACCAAGCCGAAAACGAGCCCCAGCUCGUGUCCACGGUUCAGCUCAAGAUCACACUAGAAGAUGUGAAUGACAACCCUCCGAAAUUCAUCCCUCCGAAUUAUCAUGUCAAGGUGAGGGAGGACCUUCCCGUCGGCACGGUUGUUAUGUGGCUGGAAGCCCACGACCCUGACGUUGGGUCCUCCAGUCAGAUCCGGUACAGCUUGAUGGACAAUGGCGACGGGAACUUCGAGGUAGACAAGCUGAGUGGGGCCGUGCGGAUUGUGCAGAACCUCGACUACGAAACCCGACAGGUUUACAACCUGACAGCGAAGGCCAAGGACAAAGGCAAGCCCAUAUCAUUGUCAUCCACUUGCUUCGUGGAGGUGCAUGUGGUGGACGUCAACGAGAACCUCUACCGGCCUUUCUUCCGCUCCUUUGUGGAGAAGGGAUUUAUCAAGGAAGACGCUGUCGUUGGGACUUCGGUGAUGACGGUCACAGCCGAGGACGAGGACAAAGGCAGAGACGGAGAGAUCCAAUACUCCAUCCGGGACGGCUCUGGGCUGGGGAUAUUCACUAUUGACGAGGAAACUGGUAUCAUCCGAACUCAACAGCUCCUGGACUAUGAGACCACUCCCCACUACUGGCUCACGGUCUACGCCAUGGACCGAGGCGUGGUUCCCCUUUCUGCCUUUGUGGAGGUCUACAUCGAAGUGCGGGACGUCAACGAUAACGCGCCGCUUGCGUCGGAACCCGUGUACUACCCCUCCGUGAUGGAGAAUUCUCCCAAGGACGUGUCCAUCAUCCAGAUUGACGCACUGGACCCAGAUGCUAAGUCUAGCGAGAAGCUCAGCUACAGGAUCACCAGCGGUAACCCGCAAGGCUUCUUCGCCAUUAAUUCCAGGACAGGGUUAGUCACAACAACAUCAAGGAAGCUGGACAGGGAGCAACAAGAUGAGCACAUUCUUGAGGUCACCAUUUCCGACCACGGCGUCCCACCUAAAUCCACCACAGUCCGCGUCAUUGUGCGCGUGUUGGAUGAGAACGACAACCGUCCGCUGUUCCUGGAGAAGAUCUACAAGAUCAAGCUCCCUGAGCGCGAGCGGAUCCCGGAGAAAGAGCGGGCCUCCGCCCGGAGGGACCCCGUGUACCGGGUCAUUGCCUCCGACCGCGACUACGGCACCAACGCCGAGAUCUCGUACAGCGUGGAGGAGGGCGACGAGCACGGGAAGUUCUUCAUUGAACCCAAGACGGGAGCUGUGUCGUCCAAGAAGUUCUCGUCUGCGGGGGAGUAUGACAUCCUCACGAUCAAAGCGGUGGACAACGGACGCCCGCAGAAGUCGUCGACGUGUCGCCUCCACAUCGAGUGGAUCCCCAAGCCGGCCGUGCCGGAGGACGCCGCCACGCUGGUCUUCGAGGAGUCGCCCUUCUCCUUCUCCGUGAUGGAGAGCGACCCCGUGGCGCACAUGGUGGGCGUCGUGGCCACCGAGUCGUCGGACGUCCCCGUGUGGUUCGAGAUCACAGGCGGAAACUACGACAGCCGUUUCGACGUGGGCAAGGCCAGCGGAACCAUUAUUGUGGCGAGGCCCCUGGACGCCGAGCAGAAGUCCAACUACAACCUGACGGUGGAGGCCACUGACGGGACCAGAACCGUCAGCACACAGGUGCUCAUCCGCGUCAUUGAUACCAACAACCACCGCCCUCAGUUUUCCCGCGCCAAGUAUGAAGUGAGCGUGCCCGAAGACGCGCCGGUGGGCAGCGAAGUGCUCCGCGUGGACGCCACCGACCAGGACGAGAAAAACAAGUUGACCUUCACCCUGCUGAGCAGUACUGACCCCUUCAGCCUCAAGAAGUUCAAGUUGGACCCGGGGACGGGGACGCUGUACAUCGCCGAACCGCUGGAUCACGAGACCAUGCACAGCCACAUCCUCACCGUUAUGGUACGUGACCAGGACAUCCCAGUGAAACGCAACCUGGUGCGGGUGGUUGUCAACGUGGAGGACGCCAACGACAAUGCGCCGUGGUUUGUUGGCACGCCGUACUCCUGCCGCGUGUUCGAAUCCGCCGCCGUCGGUUCAGCGGUGAUGCAGCUCACAGCUCUGGACAAAGACAAGGGCCGCAACGCUGAGCUAAUCUACAGCGUCGAGUCAGGAAACGUGGCAAACUCCUUCACCGUCGACCCUGUCCUUGGCACCAUCACAGUGGCCAAAGAGCUCAGUCGAAGCAGCAAGACCCGCUUUGAGCUCGUUGUCAAGGCGACAGACCGCGGGGCAACCCCACUGUCUACCGUUACCACCGUCUACGUCACCGUCACAGUCUCGGACAAUUCCGCCCCCAGGUUCUCAGAGAAAGAGUUUUCCGCCGACAUCAGUGAGUCGGCCGCCCCGGGGAGCUUCGUGAGCUCGGUGGUGGCCGUUAGCCAGUCGUCGGUUUUCUACCAAAUCAGAAGCGGAAACAUAGACAAUGCCUUUGAUAUCAACCCCAACUCUGGUGUGGUGGUCACCCAGAAGGAGCUGGACUACGAGGUGGCCCCCAAGUACAAGCUCGUCAUCCAGGGCACCAACAUGGCGGGGCUCUCCAGUAACGCCACCUUAGUGAUUCACCUGAAGGAUGAGAAUGACAACGCCCCUAUUUUCCUCCAGCGGGAGUUCCGAGGUGUCGUCAGCGAGUCAGCUGGCAUCAACAGUGUUGUUCUCACUCGAGAAAAUGCACCGUUCGUCAUCCGAGCCUCUGAUGCCGAUAGCGACCGCAACGCCAUGCUGGUCUAUCAGAUCGUGGAACCUUUCGCCCUUAACUACUUUGCUGUUGAUUCCAGCACCGGAGCGAUCAGGAUUACUACCACUUUGGAUCACGAGGAGAGGAGUGUUUAUGGCUUUACGGUGCAGGUCCACGAUCUCGGUGUGCCACGACUGUUCGCAGAGAUGGCGGCUAACGUGUCGAUCGAGGUCAUCGAUGUCAACGACUGCCCACCGGUUUUCAGCCAGGACGUCUAUGAGGUGACUGUCGUGGUACCGACAUACAGAGGUGUGGAAGUCCUCAAAGUCAACGCCACUGACUUGGACUCCAGACCCAACGCUAAACUUCUGUUUUCUAUCUCUGAGGGAAACAUUGGUGACAAGUUUAAAAUGGACAUAAACACCGGCGUGCUCUCCAUUCAGAACAUCACACAGCUUAGGAGCCGGUAUGAGCUGAAAGUCAGGGUGUCAGAUGGGAGAUUUGUCAGCAACGCCGCCAUCAAGAUAAACUUAAAGGAGAACAAAGAGAGCAAGGUGAAGUUCACCAAAGAGCCCUACAGAGCUUCUGUCCCAGAGAACUUGUCCGAGAAGAAGACGCUGGAAGUCAUCGCUGCAGUAGGUAACCAGGUAAACGAGCCCCUGUUCUACAAAAUCUUGAAUCCUGACACACGCUUUGAAAUCGGAAGGACAUCUGGCGUUGUUUCAACCACCGGAAUAGCAUUUGAUCGCGAAAAACAGCACACGUUUGACAUUGUCGUCGAAGUCACCAAGGAGAACCCGUCUGAAGACAUCGCUCAUGUUGUUUUGACUGUGACGGUGGAGGACGUCAAUGACAAUGUACCCACAUUUGUGAACCUCCCCUAUCACGCCCUGGUCCAGAUGGACGCAGAAGAAGGCCAGGUGGUCUGGCAGGUCACAGCAGUGGACAAGGACCAUGGUCGCAACGCAGAAAUCCAUUAUGAGCUGAAGGAGCUUCAGGAGCACUUUGACAUUAACCCCUCUGGAGAAAUCACCAUCAAGAAGAAACUUGAGAAGGAAUUCCAAGACACCAACUUUGUUGUGGUAAUUCUGGCGAAGGACGGCGGUCACCCUGCACUUUCAGCAGAAGUAGAGGUCUUGAUUACAGUGGUGAACCAAGCUGUCCCAAUUUUUGAGAAGCCAUUUUACAGCAUCGAAAUCCCUGAGAACAUCCAGGUGCACUCGCCCGUUCUCCACGUGCAGGCCAGUGACUCAGAGGGGCCCCGUAUUGUUUACACCAUUUCUGAAGGGGACCCCUUCAAGCAGUUCACCAUCGACUUCAGCACGGGUGUCCUCCACGUGGCUCAGCCUCUGGACUUUGAGACCCACCCGGCAUAUAAAUUGAACAUCCGGGCCACCGAUUCUCUGACUGGGGCGCACUCGGACGUAUUUGUGGACAUCAUCUUGGAAGACAUCAAUGACAAUGCCCCGGUGUUUCUGUCAAAGUCUUACUAUGCUAACAUCUCCGAGGCAUCUGUUAUUGGUACAUCCGUCCUGCAAGUGGACGCCAUAGAUUUCGACACGGGCCACAAUCAAAAAAUCUUCUACCAGUUGGUGGAGGAGAAGGGAAAUAGCUUUGAUUACUUCACCAUCGACCGUAACACUGGUCUCAUCUCAAUGGCCCGAGUGCUGGAUCACGAAGAGACCCCGCAGCACCGACUGAGGGUCCGCGCUGUGGACGGAGGAGUCCCGGCCCUGUCUACUGACGUUGUGGUGACAGUGGACGUAACAGACCUGAAUGACAACGCGCCCACGUUUGCUGAGCCAACCUAUAAAGCAGCUGUCAGUGAGUUGGCCUCACGCGGACACUUCGUCACCCAGGUACAGGCCUCGGAUGCCGACAGCUCCGACUUGAACAAGCUGGAGUUUGCCAUCGUCUCCGGGAAUGAGGACCAGAGUUUCGUCAUCGACAAGCAGACUGGCGCCAUUGUGAUUUCAAACCACCGCCGGGCUCAGAUGCAGCCACUCUACCACCUCAAUGUGUCUGUGUCGGAUGGUGUUUAUUGGAGCACAGCUCUCGUUGACGUCACCGUCAUCGGCGCCAACUUCCACAACCCCGCUUUCUCUCAGAUGGAAUAUGCGGUAGAGCUGGUGGAAAACUCCCCCGCCGGUACUUUGGUAGCCGAGGCCAAAGCGACAGACGACGACGAAGGUGUCUAUGGACAAAUUACAUACCGCAUUGUCAAUGACGUAGCCAAGGACAAGUUCACCGUCGGCGAAAACGGGGAUGUUUUCACCCUGGAGAGCAUGGAUCGCGACAGCAGCAUUGAGAAGGUCAUUCCCAUCAGUCUGGAGGCCAAAGACGGAGGCGGCAAGGUGGGCUUUUGUACCGUCAACGUGGUACUCACCGAUGUCAAUGACAAUGCCCCUCAGUUUAGGGCAGCCGAGUACAAAGUCACCAUCGCGUCGGAUGCGCCACGAGGGACCUCCGUGGUAACGAUCGCCGCCUCAGAUGUGGAUGAGGGAAGCAACGCCGACGUGGAGUACUCCAUCGAAGCCGACUUGGAGAAUGUGGCAGAGAACUUUGAAAUCCACUUAACAUCUGGGGUCAUUGUGACAAAAGAGAGUCUCAUUGGACUCGAGGGCGAGCUCUACGCGUUUUUCGUUCGGGCGAAGGACACCGGGAACCCUCCAAGACAUUCAGUCGUGCAGGUGUACAUCCGCAUCGUAGCACCCGAGACCCCCAUCCCCAAGUUUGGCGAGCCUCAUUACCGUUACACUGUCGCCGAGGACUUACCCAUUGGCACGGAGAUCGAUGUGCUUCAGGCUGAGAGUGAGCAAACGCUUUUGUACAGCCUUGUGAAUGGCAACACACCUGAGAGUAACGAGAAUGAGGUCUUCGUCAUGGACAGAGACACUGGCGCCCUGAAGCUCCAGAAGACCCUGGACCACGAAACCACCAAAUGGUACCAACUUACCUUGCGGGCGCAAGCCCAGCACGAUGGCUAUGACGUCGCCGUGUCCGUCAGCGUCAACAUCCAAGUGAAAGAUCUCAAUGACAACAAGCCCAUUUUCGAAUCAGACCCUUACCAGGCAGUGGUGGUGGAGAACCUCCCUUCUGGGGUGCAGGUCGUUCAAGUCAAAGCCACUGACCUGGAUUCAGGCACCAAUGGCCACGUUCUAUUUAGCCUGGAUGCCAAGCUCAACUCUCCAGACAUCGCAGAGCUCUUCGCCAUCAAUCCGGAAACUGGCUGGUUGACCACCCUCAAGGAGCUUGACCGUGAAAAGCGCAGUGAGUACAGCGUUGCCGUCCUCGCCACCGAUCAGGGGGACAAAGUCCAGCACGCAACGGGCACACGAGUGGAAGUGACGGUGGCCGACGUCAAUGACAACCCACCCCGCUUCACGGCGGAGGUCUACAAGGGUACGGUCAGCGAGGACGACCCUCCUCCCAGCGGCGUCAUCGCCAUCCUCAGCACCAUUGAUGAUGACUCUGAGGACAUCAACAGACAAGUCAGCUACUUCAUUACAGCGGGCGACCCGCUGGGUCAGUUUGCCAUCGAGCACGUUCAGAAUGAAUGGAAGGUAUCGGUGAGGAAGCCGCUGGACCGCGAGACCACCGACUAUUACCUCCUCAAUGUCACAGCCAGCGACGGCAUCUUUACAGCCAAGGCCGUGGUGGAGGUCAAAGUGCUGGACGCCAAUGACAACAGCCCCGUGUGUGAAAAGUCUCUCUAUAGCGAGAGCGUUCCCGAGAACUCGCCAGCCAGCAGACUCAUCUUGCAAGUCUCGGCCACAGACGCCGAUAUCCGGUCAAACGCGCAAAUAUCCUACGAGCUCCAGGGACCUGGAUCGGAACUCUUCUUCAUCGACUCUGACACGGGCGAGCUGAAGACCCUGAAGCCCCUGGACCGCGAGGAACGAGACGAGCACCGCUUUAAAGUGCGAGCCGUGGACGGCGGCGGGCGCUUUUGCGAGGCCGACGUGCACGUGGCCGUGCGGGACGUCAACGACAAUGCUCCGGAGUUUGCCUCAGAGCCGUAUGCUUUCACCGUCUUCGAGAACACCAAGACGGGAACCUUUGUUGCCAAGCUUCAGGCCGACGACGCAGACAGCGGGCUCAACGGCGACGUGGUCUAUUCGCUGCUGGAUUCCGCCGAGGGAUGGUUCGCCAUCGACGAACUUAGCGGAAUCGUCAGCCUGGAGCGGCCGCUGGACCGCGAGAUGCGGGCCCUGUACGAGCUGGAGGCCCGUGCCACGGACCGGGGCUCGCCCCGCCUCUCGGCGACGUGCCGCGUGCUGGUCUCCGUGCUGGACAUCAACGACAACCCGCCCGUGUUCGAGCGACGCGAGUACGCGGCUGCCGUGCCUGAGGACGCGGCCGUGGGCGGACAAGUGCUCAGGGUGCAGGCCGCGAGCCGAGACCUGGAAGCCAACGGAGAUAUCGGGUACAGCAUCGUCAGCGGAAACGAGCACGGAGCGUUCAGUGUGGAUCCCAGCACUGGCGACAUCUUCGUGAUUGCGCCGCUGGACUACGAGGUGUCUCACGAGUACUAUAUCACAGUGGAGGCCACCGACGGGGGUUCGCCUCCCCUCAGCGACAUGGCCACCGUCAACAUCAACGUGACGGAUGUCAACGACAACCCUCCCGUCUUCAGCCAGCGUGUCUACGCCGCCGUCGUGGGCGAGGACGCCGAGCUUGGCCGGACCGUCUUGACGGUGAUGGCCGAGGACGCGGACGGGCCGUCAUACAACCGCGUUCGCUACGCCAUUGUGGACGGCAACAGCGGCACCCCCUUCAUCAUCGACCCGCUGCGAGGCGAGCUCAAAGUGGCCCGACAUCUGGACCGAGAGCAGACGUCGGGGUACACGCUGACGGUGCUGGCCGUGGACAACGGGACGCCGCCACUGUCCGGCACCGCCGUGGUCAACGUGGACAUCUCCGACGUCAACGACAACCCGCCACUCUUCUCCCAGGCCAACUACAGUGUCAUCAUCCAGGAGAACCAAGCCCAGGGCACCAGUGUCCUCCAGCUCCUGGUGUCGGACCGCGACGCCUCCCACAACGGGCCGCCCUUCACCUUCUCCAUCGCGGGGGGCAACGCGGGCGACGCAUUCCGCAUUGACCCGCACGGAGCGCUGCUCAUGGCCGGGCCCCUCAGCAAGAGAGUGAAGGAACAUUAUUUGCUUCAAGCUCAGGUAUCCGACAGCGGCAAACCGCCGCUGUUCUCCAGCGUCUUCAUCAGCGUUCGUGUCAUCGAGGAGAGCGUUUACCCCCCUGCCAUCCUCCCCCUCGACGUCUUCGUGUCCACCGCCGGCGACGAGUACGCGGGCGGCGUUCUGGGCAAGAUCCACGCCACGGACCAGGACGUUUACGACACCCUGACGUACAGCCUGGCCCCGUCCUCGGCGGCUUCCUCGGCAUCUUUCUCCGUCUCGGCGUCGGACGGCAAAGUGAUUGCCCUGCGGCCGCUGGACGCCGGCCACUACCCGCUCAACGUGACGGUGACGGACGGGCGCUUCACGGCGGCCGCCGACGUCAACGUGCACGUGCGGCAGGCGCCGCGCCAGGCGCUGGAAAACUCCAUCGCCGUGCGCUUUGCCAGUAUCGCACCUGAGGAGUUCAUAGGAGACUAUUGGCGCAACUUCCAGCGGGCGCUGAGGAACAUUGCGGGCGUGAGGAGAAGCGACGUCCAGCUGGUGAGCCUUCAACCAGCCGAGCAGGGAGACCUUGACGUCCUGUUGGCGCUGGAAAGAUCUGGAAGCCCCUACCAGUCUCAAGAGGUGGUGUUUCGCAAGCUCAACUCAUCGGCGGGCGUCAUCGAGGAGAUGACGGGCGUGCGCAUCGUGCGUGUGGCCCAGAAGCUCUGCUUGGGCAUGGACUGCCCGUUGCACUUCUGCGACGAGGUAGUCUCGCUGGACAGGAUGUCCAUGUCCACCUACAGCACCGCACGCCUUAGCUUCGUCACACCCAGACACCAGAGACACGCCACCUGCCAGUGUGAAGGUGGCAGAUGUCCCGUGCUGAACAGCGUGUGUGAUAACAGUCCUUGUCCGGAAGGCUUGGACUGUGUGGCGGACGCACACAGAGACACCAAGUACACGUGUGUGUGUCCUCAGGGAAAAAGCAAAUGUUCUGACGGCCACUCGUUGACAUUCAGCGGCAGCGGCUACGUCAAGUACCACCUGAUGGAGAACGACAACAAGGAGCAGAUGAAACUGUCCCUGCGCCUGCGCACCUUCUCGGGACACGCCACCGUCAUGUUCGCCAAGGGCACCGACUACAGCAUCCUCGAGAUCGUGAACGGUCGCCUGCAGUACAAGUUUGACUGCGGUAGCGGCUCUGGCCUGGUGUCGGUCCACAGCGCCACGGUGAACGACGGCGAGUGGCACUCGGUCUCCCUCGAGGUGGAGGGCAACUACGCCAAGCUGGUGCUGGAUCGCGUGCACGCCGCUUCGGGAACGGCGCCGGGAACCCUGCGCACCCUCAAUCUGGACAACAGCAUCUACUUCGGCGGCCACGUCCGCCCGCACGCCGUCUCGGCCGCCCGCCACGGGCGCAACCUGCCCGUGGCCAACGGCUUCCGUGGCUGCAUGGAGGCCAUCGCGCUCAACGGCCAGGAGCUGCCCCUCAACACCAAGGCGCGGCGGGCGCAUGCCGUCAUGGAGGCCAUCGAGGACGUGGCGCCGGGCUGCACGCUCGCUCCGCCGGAGAGCUGCUCCAGCAAUCCCUGCAGCAAUGGCGGCCUGUGCAACCCCAGGCCUAACGGUGGCUAUUUCUGCAAGUGCCCCGCCUCUUUCAUGGGGGCCCACUGCGAGGUAGGCAUCAGCCCCUGCGACUCCAACCCGUGCCUGUACGGCGGCACAUGCGUACCCCAAGGAGACGACUUCUACUGCCAGUGCAGGGGGCAAUACUCGGGGCCCAGGUGCCAGAUGGGCCCGUUUUGCACAGACAACCCCUGUAAAAACAGCGGCAAAUGCAUCGACAGUCUGGACGGGCCGGUGUGCGAGUGCGAAGCUGGUUUCCAAGGAGACAGGUGCCUGAGCGACGUGGACGAGUGCUCGAGGAGCCCGUGCUCCAACGGCGGCCAGUGCCACAACACGUACGGCUCGUACAAGUGCAACUGUUCUCUGGGCUUCGGCGGCCCGACGUGCGAGCUCACCGCCGACAUCCGCAACGACUUCGUGUCCACCUCGUGGAACAUCGGCCUGGAGGAGGUGGUGGGCAUCGUGGUCUUCGUCUCCAGCAUCUUCAUCCUGGUGCUCUUCUUCGUCAUCCUGCGCAAGAAGGCGUGCAGGGGAAAGUCCAAAAGGGAGGAUGAAGAUAAGCGAGGCGGAUCUGGGGUGCCGCACUCCUUCCUCCAGAGGCCGUACUUCGACGCCAAGUUCAACAAGAACGUGUACUCGGACAUCCCGCCGCAGGUGCCCGUGCGCCCCAUCUCCUACACGCCCAGCAUCCCCAGCGACUCGCGCAACAACCUGGACCGCAACUCCUUCGAGGGCUCGGCCAUACCGGAGCACCCCGAGUUCAGCACCUUCAACCCGGACGCCGUGCACGGCCACCGCAAGACGGUGGCGGUGUGCAGCGUGGCGCCCAAUCUGCCGCCGCCCCCGCCUUCCAACUCGGUGUCGGACAGCGACUCCAUCCAGAAGCCCAGCUGGGAUUACGACUACGACGCCAAAGUGGUGGACUUGGACUGCGUGACCAAGAAGCCGGUGGAGGAGAGCGCCUGUCACCCUUUCAACACCAGGGGGAGCAUGUCUGAAGUCCAGUCCCUCAGCUCCUUCCAGUCCGAAUCCUGUGACGACAACGCCUCCAUAGUGACUGUCAUCCACUUUGUCAACUCUGUGCUUGACACGGUGGAAGGAGAAGAGUCUUUUUUGGCUCGUGAUCUCAAGAACACAAGAGGAUAUCACUGGGACACGUCGGACUGGAUGCCGAGCGUUCAACUCCCGGGAAUCAAAGAGUUCCCGCAGUACGAGCUGGUGGAGUCGCCGCCCGCGACUUUGUACAGCGACCCGAGCGCCAUGGACACCGACUACUACCCGGGCGGCUACGACAUCGAGAGCGACUUCCCGCCGCCGCCCGACGACUUCCCGUCCGGCGACGAGCUGCCGCCCCCGCCGCCGCCGCCCGAGUACGGCGACACGCUGCGGUCCGCGGCCACGGACGGGACCCGCCGCCGUCCCGCCCUGCCGGAACUGUACAGCCUGGGCCAGUACCUGAGCCCCCGGGGCGACGGCGACGCCGCCCCGCCGUCGUCCACCGCGGCCACCGCCGGCGGCUUCCCCCCGGGCCGGGACUUCGACGACAUGUCGCUGUCGCUGUACGCGUCCACCGCCUCCUGCUCGGACAUGUCGGCGUGCUGCGAGGAGUCCGAGGCCAUGAUCAGCGACUACGACAGCGGCGACGACGGCCAUUUUGAGCUCCUGUCCAUCCCGCCGCUGGGCUCCCAGCAGCACACUGAAGUCUGACACUGGAUCCCCACAAAAAGUGCCUCAAGCCGCCCCAGGAGCCCUCCUCGUUUUUGCGCAAACGCCGGGUACGAUUCUAUUCCACAAGCGGAUGUUUGGACUGACACAUUACUGUACCGAGCUUGUAUUUUACCGCGCCACAUUUCUCCCGUCGGUUUUUCCGAGAUUGCCAAACGUUUCUCCGUUUUAGCUCACAACCCGAGACAGGUUGUUUGCGACAUACUUGCCAACAUUCCCGCAUUUUGCUGCAUUUUCACCAUUUGAUGUAUUUGCCAAACAUUUUGCAAUUUGGCCCAAGACUGGUCGCGACGUAGCGCAAACGUCCAGUUUUCUUCCUCCUUGCUGUCACAUCCUCCCGUAUUUUUCCCAGUUUUUAAGUUUUUUUUUUUUCCGAGAGUAGCUCGGUUUUCCGAUUGGGAAUUUUUGACAAGACACCGUGCAUGCCGACUGCUUUGUUAGCGAGUACAUUUUUGCAGUCGGACCUGUGAUCUGUGAAAUAUUUGCCGACACGUGCAUGUUUUCCUGUUGCUUCGCGGAGUCACGAAAUGUGCUUUAUUUCGCUGCAUUUUUCCACCCAUCCAUCCAUUUUCUUAGCCGCUUAUCCUCGCGAGGGUUGCGGGGAGUGCUGGAGCCUAUCCCAGCUGUCAUCGAGCAGGAGGCGGGGUACACCCUGAACUAAUUAACAGCCAAUCGCAGAGUACAUAGGGACAGACAAGAGUCCCGUUGACAGCUGGAGUAGGCUCCAGCGCUCCCCGCGAGCCUUGUGAGGAUAAGCAGUGAAGAAAAUGGAUGGGGGGAUGUUUUUGGGAUAUGGGAGGAAAGCAGGGUGCCCGGAGCAAACCCACGCAGGCACGGGGACAACAUGCAAACUCCAAGCAGGGAGUGCUGGAAUCGAACCCGGGUCCUCAUAACUGUGAGGCCACUGUGCCGCCUGCUGCAUUUUUUAACUUGCCCAAAAAAAAGUUAUGCGGUUCCUAAAUUUCCAAUUCCGGCCGGUGUCAGAUUUCUCCUGAUUUUGCCCCAUUUUCUUCCUGAUUGAAAGGAUUUCCAAAGUUUAUGUGCUAUUAGCUUGGAUGUUAACCAUCCAUUUUUUUCCAUAAUGAUAAUAAUAAUCAUCCCAUAUUUUACUUUUCUCCCGGUUUCCACCAUCUCAGGCUUCACGAGGUACUUCACCCGAUCCCCACGAAAGUCUUUUGUUUAAACGGGAAGAUUGGCAAGUAUGGGUCGCGAGAGGAGAGAAAAAGAUGCAAGUGGGUUUGUCCGUUUCAACAUUUCAACAGGGAAACAAAAAAGAAAAGAAAAUAUUACAAGUAAAAUUCACAUUUCUAUAAAUAGAACAUUUUCUACAAGUGGUAAUUUUCAGUGUAAAUGUCAAUGUACAGUUUUGAUUUCAGAGUAGGUUUUGUAGAUAUUCCGUGCUUUUAUUUUGAAGAAACCGUGUGACAUGAUCAGCCUUAAUGUGCUCGCGUUCACGAACCAAAAAAAAAAAAAAAAAUUGUCAUUUAAAGAGUUAAAAAAAAAAAAAAAGGUCUUUAGUGAACGACUGCGUUAUUCUCGUCUUUGGUCUGUUUGUACAUCUUGACGUUGGAACUUCUAAUUUUUCCAUCAAGGAAAUGGGACCCGAUGAUAUUUAUGGUUGUCAUGGAUACCACCCGUGUCCGCGAACGUGUGUGUCAGCGUGCGUGAGCGACGCAUCUGUCUUGUUACGGUUUUUAUUGAAUUACUGCCGCCAGCUCACGCUUUCCUACUGGCAAUAAAUUAUUCAUUAAAAAAGAAAUAAAAGAUUGGUCCGUGUCUUUUAUAUGCAUAGUGUAUAUUUUUAGUUUUUGAUGAAAAAAUACAUAUAAAUGUAUUUUUGAAAACAUUUUACAUUUGUAUAUUUCUCGGUGUGUGCAUAUUAAAAUACCUAAAUUUUUAUUUUAAUAUUUAGUUUUCAAAUUUGUUGAAAAUUUACCAAUUCCUGUACAUAAUGUAUACUUUAAGUAUUUAGUUUAUUUAGAUCAACUAGCAAACGUGAAUACAAAUGAAAAUGGAUUGUUUACAAAUGAUGUUUUUUUUUCGAAAAUGAAUUUGUAAACAAAAUAUUUAAGGAGAAAAAUAUUCUCGA